GGGACCCGCGGCCCCAGCAGCGCGGGCUCUGGAGGCGGCGCAGGGCGCGGCGGCCAGGCCACCCCUCCGCCCGGAGGCGGGGACGGCGGAGGCGCCCUCGGCCUCGACGUCGGGACCGCGCCGCCCGCGAUGGGAAGCGCCUUAUAAGCCUGUGGCCGCGCCACCCCGGAGAGCGCGCGGACCCCGGCCCCGGGCGGGCCCCUACCGAGCGGAUCUCCGGACAGGUUAAGGGAGGACCUCGGCCCGUCCCCGGCCUCGGGCGAACCCGGACUCUGGAGAAACCACGGAUCGCUCCAACUCUGGACAGACCUCGGACGGACCCCGGCCCGGGAUAGAUCCCGGCUGCAUUUGGCUCCCGGCCCCGGACGGACCCCACGCGGACCCCGGCCGCUGGCGGACCCCGGUCAGAUCCCGGAUCGCUCCGAUUCUGGACAGACCUCGGACGGACCCCGGCCCCGGAUAGACUCCGGCCGCGGGUGGACCCCGGACAGACCUUGGCCCGGAAUAGAUCCCGGCUGCAGACAGCUCCCGGCCCCGGACGGACCCCGCGCGGACCCCGGCCGCGGGUGGACCCCGGCCCGGGCGGGCGCGCCCCUGCCGGCUGGGGAUGCGCGGCCCGCGGCAUGGCCUCGGCGGUGUUUGAGGGCACGUCGCUCGUGAACAUGUUUGUGCGCGGCUGCUGGGUGAACGGCAUCCGCCGGCUCGUCGUCAGCCGGCGCGGCGACGAGGAGGAGUUCUUCGAGAUCCGCACCGAGUGGUCGGACCGCAGCGUGCUAUACCUGCACCGCAGCCUGGCCGACCUGGGCCGCCUGUGGCAGCGCCUCCGCGACGCCUUCCCGGAGGACCGGCCGGAGCUGGCGCGCGCGCCGCUGCGCCAAGGACUGGUCGCCAUAAAGGACGCCCAUGACAUCGAGACCAGGCUUAACGAGGUGGAGAAGCUUCUCAAGGCCAUCAUCAGCAUGCCUCGCAAGUACUCCAGGUCAGAAGUCGUGCUCACCUUCUUCGAAAGGUCGCCCCUGGAUCAGGUGUUAAAGAAUGACAACGUGCAUAAAAUUCAAUGUGGCUUUCAGAGUCCGGUGAAGAUCUCAGAAAUCAUGAGGUCCAAUGGAUUCUGCUUAGCAAAUACGGAAACGAUCGUUAUUGACCACAGUAUUCCGAACGGCAAAGACCAGCACGGGGCUGUGGACCCCACGGAGCACCUGUUUGAGGGCGGGGGCGAGCUCCCCGCUGAGCUGGAGGACGGGGACGACCCGGCGGCCUACGUCACCAACCUGUCUUACUAUCACCUGGUACCCUUCGAGACGGACAUUCUGGACUGAGCCCCCCCGGGCGCUUCCCCGCGCCCGCCCGGGACCUGCCACCUCGAGCCUGGACGGACCGCAAGUGCCUGCGAGACGGCCCGGUGCCCUUCGAGAUGGACAUUCUGGACUGAGCCCCCCGGGGCGCCUCCGCCUGCCCGCCCGGGACCUGCCCCCUCGAGCCUGGACGGCGGACCACAAGUGCCUGUGAGACGGCCCCGGCCAGGACUGGACACCCGGCCCUCCCCCGGGAGGGCACCCGGCCACCCUCCCCCACAUGACCCCCCUGGACCAGCACACAGGACGUUUCAAGUGAGACCUUGCCGGGUCCCCGGGUUCUGGACGACACAGGGGUGUUCUGUCACCCAGGUUUCUCGGGACCAGGAUGUGCGGCUUCCAGUCCUGCCUCCUACCUUCUUCCCAGAAGCUGUGGGCUUUGUGUCAGCCCAGGGGUGUUGGCGGAAGGUUGGUCGUGAGUGGGGUAUCGGCUGCGGGCACAGGGGACCUGCUGACCGGUGCCCACAUGGGGGACAAAGAGAGGAUGGAGCCCACCUGGCCUCCUGCGAGGGGUAAGGACGCUGGGGCCCUGGGCGGCCGGGGGCCAUUCCCCUGCCCAUCACCAAGCUCGCGAUGAUGCAGCCACCGCAUCAGCCUGAGAAGACGGGAGCUGGGAGGUCACCGAGUGUCCCUGGCGGGUCCCCCGCUGCCCUCAGGGAGGGUCUGGGUUCUGCGUGUUCAUCUCCUCACAGAGUCUACUAAUGACCAGAAUUUGCUCAUGUAAAUAGUAGUAAAUUAUUGAGAAUCCUAAUUCUUUUACACAAUCUGUUUUUUAAUCUAUUUUCAUGAAAUAAAACACAUUGCUCUCCUCUGA